AUGUCCAAACCCAUACCACUACAACAAAUAGUGGUGACAGACAAGGGAGACAUGCAGACCCGCCCUCCAAGCUCAAGCUCAAGCUCAAGCUCACCAUUUGGCGACGUAACGAAAGUUCCGGACGUGAGCACCGAGCCCGUGCAGAAGAAAAAAUGGCAUCAAAUACUCAAUCCAUGGCGAUCACAGACGUCGCCUCCCGUGCCAACAGCGCGAUCCGUGUCGCGAGAACACGGGGCCUCCUUCCUCAGCAUCAUAUUCUUCCACUGGAUGUCUCCCUUGAUGAAAGUCGGCUACUCGAGACCCCUCCAGCUGCAGGACAUAUGGACGAUCAACCCCGACCGGGCCGUCGACGUCCUGUCCGGCCGAUUGGAGGCGUCGCUGGACAAGCGCACCCACAGCGGGACGACGCGCCCGCUCGCCUGGGCGCUGUACGACACGUUCCGGGGCGAGUUUGUGCUGGGCGGUAUGUGUCAGCUGGUCAGCGCGCUGCUGUUGGUCUUCACGCCGUAUCUGACGAGGUUUUUGAUUGAGUUCGCGACGAAGGCGUAUGGCGCGCGGGGAAAUGCGUCGCCGCCCCGUGUGGGUAAUGGGAUCGGGAUUGUCGUGGGUAUCACUUGCAUGCAGGCGCUGCAGAGCUUAUGCAACAAUCAGUUCUUGUAUCGGGGUCAGAUGGUUGGGGGACAGAUUCGCGCGGUCCUUGUCUCUCGGAUUUUUCAGAAGGCGCUGAAGCUGUCUGGGCGGGCGAAGGCCGGGGGCCAGGCGACACCUGAAGAGGUCGAGGCAUUGGAGGCUGCGAAGGGGGCUUGCCAGAGACCAGACGAGACAGGAAAGGGGAAGAAAAGGGCCGAUACUGCGUCGCCUGCUCCCGGUGGUGUUGCUGGCGAUGGUCACGGAUGGAAUAAUGGCCGCAUCACGGCGCUCAUGAGCAUCGACGUCGACCGGAUCAACCUGGCCAUGGGGAUGUUUCAUGUUGUUUGGACGGCGCCCAUCACGAUCCUGGUGACGUUGGCUCUGCUCUUGGUCAACAUUGGUUACAGCUGUUUGUCGGGGUACGCCUUCUUGAUCGUCGGCAUGUCAUUACUGAGCUUCGCCGUGAGAUCCCUUAUACAGAGGCGAAAGGAAAUCAAUAGAAUAACCGACCAACGAGUGUCCCUAACUCAAGAAAUAUUGCAUGCGGUACGAUUUGUGAAAUAUUUUGGAUGGGAAAGCAGUUUCCUGGACCGUCUGGAAGAGAUACGCGGCCGGGAGAUUCGGUCCAUCCAGACAUUGCUGGCAAUUCGAAAUGCCAUCCUAUGUGUCUCCAUGUCUAUCCCCAUCUUUGGCUCAAUGCUUGCUUUUAUCACCUAUGCUCUGACAAAUCAUGACUUGGACCCCGCCCUGGUCUUCUCAUCGCUGGCCCUCUUCAACUCAAUGCGGACGCCGUUGAAUAUGCUGCCCCUUGUCACGGGCCAAGUGACUGAUGCCUGGACUUCUCUUGAUCGAAUUCAGGGCUUCUUGUUGGCAGAGGAACAGAGGGAAGAUAUUAAGCGGGACGAAACAAUGGAGAACGCUAUCGAGAUGGACCAUGCUUCGUUCACAUGGGAGCGUCUCCCGACGGAUGCAAAGACAGAGCAGUCCACCCCCAAUGACGAUGACACGAUUGUAAACGCCCUGACAGAGCCAUUCAAGCUCCACGACAUGACAUUCACGGUCGGCCGCAAUGAGCUGCUGGCUGUAAUUGGAACAGUCGGUUGCGGGAAGAGCUCUCUGCUCUCAGCGCUGGCAGGCGAAAUGCGUGUCACUGAUGGCACGGUACGAUUGAGCACUACGCGCGCAUUCUGUCCACAGUACGCGUGGAUCCAAAAUACCUCCGUGCGGAAUAAUAUACUAUUUGGCAAAGAGUAUGACGAGGCCUGGUAUGAACAGGUGGUCGAUGCAUGUGCCCUGACUCCAGACCUCGAGAUGCUUCCUGAUGGAGACCAAACUGAGAUCGGGGAACGAGGCAUCAACGUGUCUGGUGGACAGAAGCAACGGUUGAAUAUCUCCCGGGCAAUCUACUUCGACGCAGAUCUUGUCCUAAUGGAUGACCCGCUAUCGGCGGUCGAUGCACACGUCGGACGUCAUAUCAUGGACAAGGCCAUUUGUGGCCUUCUCAAGGACCGGUGUCGGAUUUUGGCCACGCACCAGCUCCACGUGCUUAACCGAUGUGAUCGGAUUAUUAUUAUGGAUGAGGGGCGUAUCAGCGCAAUUGACACUUUUGACAAUUUGAUGCAGAACAGCGAUAUCUUCAGGCGGUUGAUGUCUACAUCUGGACAAGAGACUGCGCACGAGGAAGGGGAUGAGGCGACCGAUGAAGCAGCCGAAGAGACGGAUGAUAAGCAAACAAGUCCUAAGACGAGCGCGCCCUCAAAGCCAGCUGCUGUUUUGAUGCAAGAAGAGGACAAGGGCUCGUCUUCGGUCGGUUGGUAUGUCUGGAAGGCCUAUAUCCUAGCCUCCGGCGGCUAUUCUAGCGCUCUUGUGAUGCUCAUCCUGCUCGGUCUUUCAAACGUUGCCAGUAUCUGGACCAGUAUAUGGCUUUCCUACUGGACCGCAAACAAGUACCCGGCACUGUCAACCGGUCAGUAUAUAGGAGUCUAUGCUGGACUAGGUGGAGGUGUCACUCUCCUGGUAUUCAUCUUCUCCACGUACAUGACGACUUGUAACACGAAUGCCAGCAAGGCCAUGCUUCAGCGCGCUAUGGCCCGUGUGCUUCGUGCGCCCAUGAGCUUUUUCGAUACUACGCCACUCGGCCGAAUCACCAAUCGCUUCUCGAAGGACAUCCAGGUGCUGGACAAUGAGCUUUCGGAUGCAAUGCGACUGUUUGCUCUGGCGACGACUAUGAUGAUCGCCGUCAUGGUUUUGACCGUCUCGUUCUUCUACUACUUUAUCAUCGCACUGGUCCCGCUGGUGAUCGUGAUCGUGCUAGCCGCGAACUAUUACCGAGCGUCCGCCCGCGAGGUGAAGCGCCACGAGUCAGUUCUGCGGUCGACGGUGUACGCCAAAUUUGGCGAGGCUAUCACAGGCGCUGCCUGCAUCCGAGCAUAUGGCGUAGAGAAGGGCUUCCAGCGCACGAUUCAAGAUUCCAUCGACAUGAUGAACGGAGCCUAUUUUCUCACCUUUUCGAACCAGCGGUGGCUCAGCGUGCGACUUGAUGCUGUUUCUACUGCGCUGAUCUUCGUUGUUGGUAUUCUGGUAGUCACCUCUCGGUUCAAUGUCUCUCCUAGUACCUCUGGGCUGGUUCUGUCUUAUAUACUGGCCAUCGCGCAGAUGCUGCAGUUCACAGUCCGUCAGCUUGCUGAGAUUGAGAACAACAUGAACGCUACAGAACGAGUCCAUUACUAUGGGACUGAGUUAGACGAGGAGGCGCCGCUGUACCAACAGAUUGAGGCACCCGCCAGCUGGCCCGAGAAUGGCCGCGUCGAGUUCAAUAACGCGAAGAUGCGGUACCGGGCUGGCCUACCGCUUGUUUUGAAGGGCCUCACCAUGACCAUUCAAGGAGGCGAGCGGAUUGGUAUCAUCGGCCGCACUGGGGCUGGAAAAUCCAGUAUCAUGUUCGCACUCUUCCGUCUCACCGAGCUAUCUGAAGGCACCAUCAAAAUAGAUGAUAUAAACAUCUCAACGAUUGGCCUUCAGGCCCUCCGGUCUCGUCUGACCAUCAUCCCCCAAGACCCGGCCUUAUUCAAGGGGACCGUCCGAUCCAACCUGGACCCAUUUAACGAGCACAACGACCUAGCAUUAUGGUCCGCCCUCCGCAAGGCAUACCUAACCGGUCACGACGAAGACCCCGAAGACGAAAAGCCCCCCCACACCUCAGCCAGCCGAACCACCGCCGCCACCAUCUGCCCCCCCGGUACAAGCAGCAGCGCAAAACCCCACUUAAAAACAAACAAGCUCACGCUGGAGUCCCCCGUCGAGGAAGAGGGCCUGAACUUCUCUCUCGGCCAGCGGCAAUUAAUGGCUCUUGCACGUGCACUGGUCCGCGACACGCGCAUUAUCGUCUGCGAUGAGGCUACAUCCUCUGUGGACUUCGAGACGGACCGGAAGAUUCAACAGACGAUGGCGCGGGGCUUCGCGGGGAGAACCUUACUAUGUAUUGCGCAUCGCUUGCGCACGAUCAUCCACUACGACCGCAUCUGCGUUAUGGAUCAGGGUCGGAUCGCUGAGAUGGAGGCGCCGGUUGUGCUGUGGGAUCGACCGGAUGGGAUCUUCCGGGCGAUGUGUGAUCGUAGUGGUAUUACCCGUGAGGAUAUUCUCUAUUCUGACUGA